AUGGAGACGCGAGCGUUCUCCACGGGCGUGUCCAUUCAGUACCCAACCGGCCACUCCGCAGCCACCUCCGCAUCCGUAAAUCUAGGUACUCAAGUGGAGUUCCCGUUCGCGUUUCCAGCAGCUUCGUCGCCAUUGUCCGGGCUUCAGUGUAGGUCCAUUGACACCGAGACGUACCCUGCGUGUCAAGAACUCGCCUACCAUUUCGCCUACGAAAAGACGCGUCGAUCUGUGCAAGCGCUUCUACUGAAGAACAACGACACGAGUUUCAGUCAAGUCUUGAGGUUUUUCGAGAAGUUCUGUGCGACCGACGAGUCGGUAGCAGAAGCUGCAACGUCAUCUGUACUAUCAGUAGGUACUGACUCGACCACAGAGUCGCCAUCUACAAGACAACGAAUACGCGACCCUCGUGCGUCCGUUUUAUUUCCAUCGCUCCAUGGAUUUCCAAUAGCUGCUGUGGUCACUGGUACCGAUGCAACCUCAAAUGAGUUGUGGGUGGAGCCAUUACUACAGAAGCUACGCCACACAUUCCCUCUGUGUAUUGUUGUGCCGCGCGAUGUGUCGAGUGCUCGAAAAUUGAUUGAGUGGUUGGCUGCGAGACUGGAGAAUUUAUGUGCUGCCAAGCACCAGGAGCAGCAGUGGCUUCAAGGGUUAGUGGAGACUUUCGAUCUUCUGCCAGUGGAUGCAUUGCCAGUAGCUGCUUGUAACAUCGUUCGACCGUUGACUCGACAAGACCGAGCUAAGCAAUCCGGAGUAGCUGAUGGAGUGCUGCAGGUAGAGGAUCGAGGUUAUCGAAGUGAUGAGUGCGGUUCGGAACCGAGCUCUGCGUCGGAAGGGAGUGAAAUUGAUCUUGAGUCGGCUGUGUCCAGGAGAAAGAUGCGAAAACGACGACGUCCGUCGGCGGCGUAUGGACGAUGGACGAUGUCGAAGCUACUGACGACUGUCAGGCGAGAUAUUCAAGAGCUUGUAUCCCUCACUAGUAGCGACACAAGCUGUGAGUGCAUAGCUACACUUGAUAAGAUGGUGCGCGAUCGACUUGGGGAAGCAUUGACCCGGGUGAAGCGGACACAAGGCAAUGAGGAAGACAGGACGUCUCGAAGUGUCUCUUGUUUUGACGAAGCAGUUUCGUGGCUACAGCAUCGAAUCAUAACAUGUCGAGAUACAGCAGCGAAGCUCCUGAACGUUGCGCUUGAUACGAACGACUCCACCACCGGCCAUGUUGGUACCACAGAGAUGGCAUUGGCUUCAAUACUUCAUCGUGUAUUCUGUCAGUAUAUAGCGUGUAUGGAAGAAUGCACGACGGAUGGAGCUGGAAUGAAUGAUCGACGGAGAUCCGUGAAGCAAGAAAUGUCUAAGCAUGUGAAGUACUACCAUCUAAAGGGCGAUGCUGGAGCACAAAGCUUAGUGUCACCACAGACGCCUAUUGCUCAUCAGUCAUAUUUGUUACUAUGUAUUGAACAACUCGAAGUGUUUUCGCAGCAAGUAUUCAGUGAUUUCUUGGAGAUUUGGACACACUUCGUUCGACAGCAGGAAGAAAAGGAUUACACAAGGGCAACAGGUAGCACGUUGGGGUUUGUAGUUGGAGUGACCUCGGCGACAGCGCCGGCCUUACGGCGUUUGGACUUGAGUGUGACUAAUCGGCUCGAGCUGCAAUUCUUCUUUCUCAUUGACUCCCGAAAGUGCUUUAACGACAUAUUGGAGUCGUUAGUUGUGAAAGAGAACUUGCCGCUGUCACUUAGCGGUAACAUUGUCCGGGCAAUCGCAAGCCGAUAUCGUCGUUUACCAAGUGUCCCGCGUCUCCUGCUUGCACUGCGCUACUUGCUGUUUACGCACUUUAGACGCUGCCCGUGGAGUUUCCUGGCGCUGGCUGUAGAUGGUGUGCCAUCGUCAGGUGAGUCCCCAAUUCUGGUUGCUGCUGAUGUUGCACCGUUACCGCGUCGUAUCUCUUUCUGGGUGAAGCGUCAUCGUCGACAUCUCAUCCGUGAAGCACAAGGAAGGAGUGCUGGGUCUAAAUCUGCACUCUCUGCAUGGCUUGUUUCGUGUAGUGCGUUCGAGCUGAAAGACUUGGAAGCACGAGUAUUGCGCUCGUCACCGAAUGCAGCAGUUACUGGCAACGACUUGAUAAGCGUUCUGGAGGCAGCAUUGCUCAACGAACGUCGUCGUCGCGCCCGCUGGCGACUGGGGUGGGAAUGUUUUCGCUCAGCGUGCUCGUGGCUAGACGUGCGCGUUGAUGGUACCGAUGACGCAAAACGCGAUGAGCACGAAGGUUUAGCUGUGACACAUUUGGCCCUUGCGCUUGAGGGUAGACUGGGCGAAGGGCCACGCUUCAUGGAAGUACUGCGGCGGCUGCAGAAUUGUAGAUGGGUCUUGCUGUCGGGAAUAAUAGAGGAUUGGCACGCUUCGUAUCGCGUGUUCGGCCGGUACGAGGACGAAGGAGAAGAUGUGGAAGUGACUUUGCGUGAGUUGGCCAUGUUGUGUGCUUACGCGAGAGCCGAGAAGGCGCCUGCAAAGAUGCUUGCAGCGCUGCGAAGAGAGCUCGUGAGCGUGUUUACGAAUCAUCUCGUUCAUACGUUACUGCAUCCGUCAGUCUUCAGUAAGGCGUCGCACGCCGACGCGCUGGUCGCAAGUUGGUCAAAGUUGACGGAUGCCAACGUCUUGGAAGAACGACUGCGUUUCGAGUACCAUGACAACCUCCGCAACGUGCUGCAAGAAGCCGGUAUUGGCAGAGAUGUCGGAAGCAGCACCGGUACUGACUCUCAAGCUACGUGGGUUCAUGACGUUGGUCUCGCCUUCUUGUUUUACCAAGAGAGCGCGAGUGCGAGCUUGAGUCUUUGCGAGUGGUACGAGAGUUUCGCACAAGAACUACGGGAGGAAGCCGAAGCAGCUGCUAAGAGCAAAGGCGAGACGAGGACGGUAGUCGACGACAAAGCGAAUAAAGCUCGCUUUGUUCGGGCCAUUUGCACACUGCGUCACUGGGGUUUCCUCAAGGGCGACGCUCCUCGUGACCAGGAGCAGGACAUUAUCGAAAAGCUGGUGUUCAUCUGA